AUGUCGCCGGUUUAUGUGAAUUGUUUCGACUCGAUUGAUCGAAUUCGGGAUAGGGAUCAAUUACCAUUAAAAGGCCACCAAGAUGAGGAUGACUCGAAGAAACAGGAAACCUUAGAACCUAAGGUGUUUACUACAAGAUGUACCACAGAUCAAGCUAUUAAAGUGGAUCCUAGUUAUGUGCCAACUGAGAGUGACGAAAAUACAGUGGAGGGAAACAGUGUAGAUGUGGGUUCAAAUGAAAAAGAAAAGGAAGUACUCCACUCCGACGCUGGAUCCGUUGAAAAACCAAAGAAGAAGUAUGUCCAGCCAUCACCGAGGCAUGAUCCAGACCACUACAUUGACGAUGUUUGA